UGUAAUGGGUGGUCCAGCUAAAGACGAGACCGGAUUUGUAAUGGGUGGUCUACCUGAAGACGAGACCGGAUUUGUAAUGGGUGGUCCAACUGAAGACAAGACCGUUUCUGUAAUGGAUGGUCCAGCUGAAGACAAGACCGGAUCUGUAAUGGGUGGUCUAGCUGAAGAUAAGACUGGAUCUGUAAUGGGCGGUCCAGCUGAAGACAAGACCGGAUCUCGAAAAAACGACAAUAAAGCUAAUAAGCUUAUGAGUUUUUCUGGAAUUUUAGAGAAAGAGAAGAAUUCAAAGAAUACCCCCUAUGAACGUAAACCAUUUGAAUGUAAUAUUUGUUCCUUUUCUUCCUCCUCCGAACCUCUUCUUCAGAAACAUCUUCUGGAACAUCUUCUGAAACAUCAGAGAAUUCAUACUAAAGAAAAAUCUUUCGAGUGUGAACAGUGCUCAUACGCUUGUUCUAAUAAACAUCAUCUAGUUUUACAUCAGCGAAUUCACACUGGUGAGAAGCCCCACAAGUGCAAGGAAUGCUCAUAUGCUUGUGCUCAAAAAAGUAGUCUAGUCGAACAUCAGAGAGUUCACACUGGUGAAAGACCAUUCAAGUGUGAACAUUGCUCAUAUGCUUCUUCUCAGAAAGGCACUCUAGACUUACAUCAACGAAUUCACACUGGUGAGAAACCAUACAAGUGCGAGGAAUGCUCAUUUGCUUUCACUCAAAAAGGUAGUUUAGUUAAACAUCAGCGAAUUCACACUGGUGAGAAACCCUACAAGUGUACAGAAUGCUCAUAUGCUUCUUCUAUAAAAUGUAAUCUAGUCCAACAUCAGAAAGUUCACACUAAUGAAAGACCAUUCAAGUGUGAACAGUGUUCAUAUGCUUCUUCUCGUAAACGCCUUCUUGUUUUACAUCAGCGAAUUCACACUGGUGAGAAACCCUACAAGUGUACAGAAUGCUCAUAUGCUUCUUCUAUAAAAUGUAAUCUAGUCCAACAUCAGAAAGUUCACACUAAUGAAAGACCAUUCAAGUGUGAACAGUGUUCAUAUGCUUCUUCUCGUAAACGCCUUCUAGUUUUACAUCAGCGAAUUCACACAGGUGAGAAACCCUACAAGUGUACAGAAUGUUCAUAUGCAUGUUCUGUAAAAGGUAAUCUAGUCAAACAUCAGCGAAAUCAGCAUUUGUAGGGAGAAUCCCUGCAAAUGUAACGACUGUGAAUACACAAGCCCUUCUAAAUCAAAUUUUAUUAAUGAUCAUCAAUGAAUUCAUACUGAGAAAAAACGUUAUAAAGAAAGAUCAGGGCCAGGGUAGUCUCACGAUUAACUUUUGUUAGAUUAUUGAUGCUCAUGCUUUCAAAUACAGGGG